CGAUCUUGUAUCCUCGGUCGUCCCAAUCGAUCGCUGCUUCCCGCGCACACCGUCUCGCAGACAGUGACUCCUCAACUUCUCUUUGCACCCCGUCGCCAAAUCCAUCUCUACCUCUAUCUCUCCAUCUCCGUCCCGUGAAAUCAUGCGUCCAAAGCGCCAACCACGACCGCCCAAGUUGCCCACCAACUGUCUCGAAGGCCAAGACUUUUGGAACCUGCAUCCGGCUUGCGAGCCUGCACCGCCUCUGGUGCCCACAGUGGCCCGCUCCUCCGUCCAGACUUUUCUCCCGCCUGUCCUUGAAAACGAUUUGGUCUAUCAACUGAGCUAUUUUCGACGGACCCUCGGACGCAAGGACCUGCGGCAGGAGCAUAUCAUCAUCGAUCGAAUGAUCUACAAGAACCGCCAGCAACAUCGAGGGACGACAUACCUGGCAAAGUUCCUGGAGGUUCAAAAAUAUCUGAGGAGGCUCCAGGCAAUGGGACUCGAGAAACUGCUGGCUGACGCUCUGGAUGUGAUGCAGCCGAACAACAAAAAGACACAGAGCUGGGAAGCUUUCCCCUCGCGCCGGUAUUUGGCCUUUACGUUGUUCCGGAUGGUCGGAUCCUACAAGCUGAUUCAAAAGCUCUUGGAGUGCUCCGAGGAUACCUAUCUUCACUUCCAAGCGGUGCUUCGACAGACGUACUUUAUGCCCUUGUGUCUUAUUGCGAUGAGUUCGCUGGCUCGUCUCCACAUCCUCGGCCGCCAUCUCUUGUGCGAACUGCGAAAUUGCUAUGACCUCGUCUAUUCUUGGAUCCAGUAUCUUCCCAAACUGCCCAGCCAGUCCAAAGAUAUGAAUUACGAGGCGCAUCUCAAGCCCACGCUUCUGAAAACGAUCGGGGAGUCGUCGGGCAUUGAGUUGUCAGCCUCGGCCACCCACACCAGCCAGGAUCUCGACCUUCUCAGUAACGGAGCUGACCGGAGCGAUGCAGAUGAUGCAGAUCGCUUGGGCAACGACACCGCUCAUGAACACCCAAAAGUCGAAAUGCUGGCCACAGCGACCAUAUCGGAUGCAUUUUGGGGAAGUCUCUCGACCAGCCUGUCGCCAAUCGAGACUUCCAUCGCUCCCGUUGGCCCGGGAUCCGAGACACCAGCAACUCAAGUCGACCCAGACUCAGUCCCGGGGGCUGUCGGCACCAAGCGGAAAUCGACUGAUGCUGUCUCAGGUGAACAGGCACUGCCGCGGCUGACGACCGCCAAGAAGAUCAAGCACGCUGUGGUGGCGACGGAAUCUACUCACGCAGCGAAACCGACUGCAACAAGUGGAUCUGCCAAACCAUCUAAAUCCAUAGGCACUGCACUGAAGACGACGACUGCUGCUGCUGCUGCGACUAUUGCAACUACUACUCCGAUUGCAAAACACCCGCUAUCCAAGUCAAAGUCGGGCGGCCACACCCUUGCAUCGACUGUCGCGGCCCACAAGCCGGCAGGAGCUGGUACCAAGUCCGCCAAAACCACAGCCGAUCAUACCACUGCCAAGAAGAAGAAGGGCUCCGCAUCAAAACGUGAUGAGAUUGAUGACAUCUUUGGCGGACUAUGAGCCGCGAUACGCGUAUUCGUCGCAGCAAUCGUAGUUGUCUUUCUGGCAUUCUCAAGUGUUAGAACGGAGCACUCUCUCCGUAAAGCACGCCAGUCGCUCGCCCGUUCGUCCCUAGCUCUGAAUAUACAUGCUCCUCAGCCCGA